AUUCGAGGUUUGUGAACACAGUGUUGUUGCUAUGGGAAAUUGAGUUUGUUUAUUUUAAGCAAUAUUUUUAAUAUUUAAGCUAUUUUGGUAUCAAGUGUUAUUAUGUCGGUCACGGAGACACCAAGAGAUUUAGACAGUGGCUUGCUAAUGCACGCUAGAAUUGGUUUACAGCGAAUACACGCACGUCAGUACCAAGAUAUAGAACCGCCAAUUAAAAAUGAAUGUCUCACGAAGAAAAACGACAAGACAUCCAAAACUACAACACCAGUAGGUAGCCCAAAAGAACCUGCAUUGGAAAAACCGAAGAAACAAUAUAUAAACUUGAAGAAAAUACCGAAAACGUCCGUUUACUACCAACAUGGUAGACAAGGGAUGAAAUAUUGGUAUGAAGAGAAUAAACCAAUAAAAUAUGAAACGAAAAUACCAAUGGGACGAAAAGGAACUUUGCUGGGUCUUGUGGAUGCACCUUUUAAGUAAUAAUGCUGUAACAUAUAAAGUAAAAAUGCUAUUAGUAUUAUUCAAUAUUGGAAUUUGUUUAUAGUAUUUGAAAUUGUGCUUCUGGUAUUGGUUGCAACCGCCACGCUUUUUAACUGAGGCUCUUUCCCACACUUAUAUUCAUAACGUGGUUUAACAACUGUCGUUCUGCUGUUAAUUUCUUUCUGUUUAUUGUAAUAAUAUGAUCCUUGAUAUGUUAUAAACUGUUAUGAAUCAUGUAAAAGAAAUUCAAACUUUCUACAAUAUUGUUUAUGAUUUAAAAUUAAAAAUUGGUUUUCACUGUUUACAAAAAACUUUUUAUUUCACUGUCAGACAUCUGAUAUAUACAUUGUGAAAAUACAAAGUGCAGCAUCUUGUAUUAAAAAUUGGCCUUUACCUAUUAAUUCAAUUUACCUGAUCCAAUAACAAAUGUUACCUUUUAAUUUGAAAUAUACACCAAGUGUUAAUCCCAUUCAAAUAAAUUGCCCAUUGUUACCUCAUACACGCUUGUGAUGCGAUACAAUUACAAUAGCAUUGUUGUGUCACAACUCAUAUUACUUAGGAACAAUCCCAUGAUACAAUUAAUGUAACUUCCCAUCAACAAACAUUGUUGCAAAUAACAUGACAAUGAUAGCACCCACUAUGUUGUAUAAACAAUAAUGUCUUAUUUGUUUUAUCUCUGUUCUUUUUUCCCACUGUAUCAUUUUAGUACAUGUAUUUUACUAAUAGUUAGUACUAGUAGUAGUUCAUAUGUUUUUUCAUUUUAUUUUUAAUUUCAGCUUUUUUUGUCAAAUUAAAAACUAACAGUGUAAAACACUUUACCAGACACAGUUACAAUACUAUAAUAUUUUUCACUGUAAAAUAUUAGGAAAAGUGUUACAGCAAUCCUUCAAAACUGUUUUAAGAUUUUUUUUGAUUUAUUGUUUUUUAAUGAUUUUAAAUUAUAUGACAAAUUUAAAGCAACAAAAUAUAAAUUAUUUUGCUGCACCAACACAGUACUUUGAAUCUCAAAAAUUCAUAUUAAAACAUUUGUUUUAAGAGCAUGUACAUUGUAGUUCAUAUUACUUAACACUUACGACUGUAUUUCUGCUUUCUUUACAUUGUAGGAAUGUGUUUAAACUUAAACUAUGGCUGAAAGUGGAGUUGUAGUGAUUAAGCGACUCGAUGAAACCGUCGUCAACCGAAUCGCGGCAGGCGAGGUCAUUCAACGUCCCGCAAAUGCUGUGAAGGAAAUGAUCGAGAAUUGUCUGGAUGCUGGGUCUACUACUAUUACUGUUUCGUUGAAAUCUGGUGGUUUGAAGAUGUUACAGAUAUCCGAUAAUGGACAUGGGAUAAGAAGGGAAGACAUGGAGAUUGUUUGUGAGAGGUUCACGACAAGUAAACUCAAAGAAUUUGAUGAUUUGAAAACAAUCGCAACGUUUGGGUUUCGAGGAGAGGCUUUAGCAAGCAUCAGUCAUGUCGCGCAUCUUUCCAUCACAAGUCGUACUAAAGAUAGUAAAUGUGGGUACAAGGCAAGCUAUCUGGAUGGUCGUAUCAAAGGAUCCCCCCGACCCACAGCGGGCAACACUGGCACGCAGAUUACUGUGGAAGAUUUAUUUUACAACGUUCCAACGAGAAGAAAAGCGUUUAAAAGUCCGUCAGAAGAACAUCAGAAGAUAGCUGAUGUAAUGACGAGAUACGCUUUGCACAACUCCGGCAAAUCGUUCACUCUUCGUAAAACAGAUGGAGAUUCUGGGCCAUCAGGGGGGGUUAGUGUGCGGACACAACUUGGUUCGUCAUUUGUGACAAAUAUCGGGACACUGUUCGGGUCUAAGGUCGCCAAAGAGGUCAUCGAGGUUAAACAUUACGAUACGCAACUUCAACUUAAGACAUUUGGUUAUAUCAGCAAUGCCAAUUGUUCGAUGAAGAAGUUUGUAUUUCUAUUGUUUAUUAACAAUCGUCUCGUUGAUUGCUCCGUGCUUAAGAAGAGUCUUGACUCUGUGUAUCAAUCGUACUUACCAAAAGGAAGUCACCCGUUUGUUUACUUGAGUCUUGAAAUGCCGACCAACAAUCUUGACGUCAAUGUUCAUCCAACUAAACAUGAGGUUCACUUCUUACACGAGGAUGAAGUAGUUACAAGUGUACAGAAGCAAGUGGAAGCUUCAUUAUUAUCGUGCGAUUCUUCUCGUACUUUCUAUAUGCAGAAACUGUUGCCAACAAACACAUCAAAACCAACAGGAGAAAACACGAAAGAAUCAACAAAAGAUACAACACAUCCAACCAAGGACAAGCAACUCCCCACAAGAGUAUACGACCACCAGCUGGUAAGGACCGACAGCAAGUUACAGAAACUCGAUUCAUUUCUUCUGAAGUCAAAGAACAAAGUAGUUGAAGAACCAAAGAUACCAUCAACCCCUGAUGACAUAGAGUCACAUGAUAAAACUUCGGCCGGGUUGCCACGGAAACGUGAGAUCCGACUCACUAGCGUCCUCCAGCUGCAAGAUGAGGUCAAGCAAAAGUCAAAUAAAGAUUUAUGUUUAGUGUUGCACGAUCACACUUUUGUUGGUUGUGUUGAACCUGAACUUGCAUUGAUUCAACACCAAACUAAACUACAUUUGGUCAACACUGGAAGAUUAAGUGAACAAUUAUUCUACCAAAUAUUGCUCCAGGAUUUUGGAAACUUUGCUAUUUUUCGUCUCACGGCAGCACCGAUCUACGAACUUGCAAUGCUUGGAUUGAACUCGGAGGAAUCGGGAUGGACACCAGCAGAUGGCAGUAAAGAGAAACUUGCGAAAUAUGUCGUCAAUUUCCUCGUUGAAAAAGCUGAAAUGUUGAGCGACUAUUUCUGCUUGGACAUCACAAAGGACGGCAUGAUCAGUGGCAUUCCCAUGUUAUUAAAGCAAUACAAUCCCCCCUUGCAUGGAUUGCCAACCUUUGUAAUGAGAUUGGCAACUGAGGUUGAUUGGGAAUCGGAGAAGUCAUGUUUUGAUACGGUGUGUAAGGAGAUAGCAAGGUUCUACGCGGUCAAGAACAAUUUCACGGACUCUGACAUUUUCUCCGAGGAACCGGUUGUCGUAGAAACUGACAGCGAGUGGUCGCCAUGGAAACAAAUGGUGGAACACGUGGUGUUUCGUGCGUUGCGUGAUGUCAUUGUUCCCAUGACGAUGGGGGAAGAUGGGACGUUUCUACAACUUGCUAAUUUACCCGAUCUUUAUAAAGUGUUUGAACGAUGCUGAUUGGUCAGUUUAAAUGUUUAGACGAUGCUGAUUGGUUGGUUUGAAUGUUUGGACGAUGCUGAUUGGCCAAUUUAAAUGUUGAUACUACUGCCAUGUUAUGUUCAAUCAUAUUCAACAACACACAAGGUGCCUCAAUCAGUAAAUUACAUUAUUUCACUUGCUGUCUUUAUAUAAACCUUUGUUGCUUGCCUUUUUGUACUUUCUUUAUUAAAAAUAUUC